AUGAAGACCCGAAAUUCGAUUUUGGCGAUUUUGGCAUCUUGCCAUUUGAUUGUUGCUGCUCCAACCUCGCUGCUGGUGGAGUCAAACAAGCUUAGGAGAGGUCUUAAGAUAUCCCAGCUUCAAGCACAAGCUACAGAACUGUAUGGCAUUGCCGCCCGCAAUAAUGGGCAUCGUGCAGCAGGUUCACUUGGAGCUAGUGAGACGAUAGACUGGGUGUAUGGUCAAAUCUCACAAGACUAUUAUAAUGUGGAGAUACAAAACUUCACAUUCAGUAACUUGCAUAUGGAAGAUACCUUCGUCGUUGAUGGGACCAACGUGGCUGCGUUCUGUUAUUCAGACUCAGGGGACAUUACAGCACCUAUCACCGUUUCAGCAGAGAUGGUCCGCAUCUCAAACAACGGCUGCCAAGCUUCCGACUAUGCAGUGGCAGCUGGCAAGAUUGGCAUUAUGUCAAUUGUUUCAGGAAGUUGUGGUGGUACCUUACCAAUCGCGGACUGGCUUAGAGACGCUGGAGUCCUCGGUUUGAUCUACUUGACCGAUAUAGACCUCCCAGAAGAGGUGUUAACGCCGGGACCCAGCAGUACCCUGAAGUCGCGCGAUGCAGUCGACCCAUUGGUUUACUGUCUUCUCCAUACAUCCAGAUCUCAGCCCGUUCUUGACAAACUACAGCCCGGCUCCCCAGCUAUCAGCAGUACCAUAACACUCAGCCGUUGGUACGAAGAAAUUCACACCGCCAACAUCAUCGCUACAACUAAAGCCGGAAACCAAAAUUCCGUCAUUGUGGUUGGCGCUGGUACAGAUUCGGCAGAUGGGUCUCCUGGCAUGAAUGAUAAUGGCUCUGGUGUCAUUGCUCAACUUGAGAUUUCCAAGGCUCUUACCGGGUUCUCCGUUAAUAAUGCUGUUCGAUUUUGCUGGUGGGGAGGUUCAUCACCUGGGCUUGCAGGGUCCAGGUACUAUCUCUCUCAGCUCUCUGCAACUGAAAAGGCGAAGAUUGUGAUGAAACUCAGUGGGUAUAUGUUAGCAUCUAAAAAUUUCAAAUAUGCUGUUCUAGAUGGAGAUGGGUCUUCCGAACCAAUAACCUUUUUCCCUAGUUAUAGCAGUGGCCUUAUCGAGAAGGCCUUCAAUGACUUUUUAACUAUCGAAGAUAACAAGCCUUCCGUUCCUACCCUUGUAGGGGGCCAGUCUGAUCACUUUGCCUUCUUUGAAGCUGGUAUCCCUGCAGGUGGUAUUACCACAGGUGCCAGGCAAUUGAAAACAGCAGCGGAAGCCGCACUCUUUGGUGGUACCGCAGGGCAACCUUACGACCCUUGCCACGAAAAAGCUUGCGACAAUUUGUCAAAUCUCAAUUACCGCGUAUUCCUCACCGGUACGAAAGCUAUGGCUCACGUCAUUGCUAAGUACGCGCUUGACAUCACUGGGUUCCCAUUCCCACGCCCUCCUGUCUAA